UUGUGGGCAGGGAUUGGUCUUGGGUUCCUGUCAACGUCCGGAAGGGGAGGAGCUUGCAGCAGCUUAUUUGUACAAAGGCCUACGGAAGUGCUUCGCGUUGUUGCCGGAAGUAGGAAGAGGAAGGCGGUGAUGGCGGCUGCGACUGAUGUCCAGAAGGUGCCGGCAGACCGCACGGAGGAGGAGCCCGGCACGGCGACCGAGGAGCUGGCUGCCCAGAAGCGCGAACAGAGACUGCGUAAAUUCAGAGAGCUGCACCUGAAGCGGAAUGAAGCUCGUAAGUUAAACCAUCAGGAAGUAGUGGAAGAAGAUAAAAGACUUAAGUUGCCUGCAAACUGGGAAGCAAAAAAAGCUCGUUUGGAAUGGGAACUACGGGAAGAAGAAAAGAAAAAGGAAUGUGCAGCAAGAGGAGAAGACUAUGAGAAAGUGAAGUUGCUGGAGAUCAGUGCGGAGGAUGCAGAGAGAUGGGAGAGGAAAAAGAAGAGGAAAAACCCCGACCUAGGGUUUUCAGAUUACGCCGCCGCCCAGUUGCGCCAGUAUCAUCGGUUGACCAAGCAGAUCAAACCUGACAUGGAAGCCUAUGAACGACUGAGAGAAAAGCAUGGAGAGGAGUUUUUCCCAACAUCCAACAGUCUUCUUCAUGGGACACACGUGCCUUCCUCCGAGGAGAUUGAUAGGAUGGUCGUAGACCUGGAGAAACAAAUUGAGAAGCGAGACAAAUACAGCCGGAGACGCCCCUACAACGACGAUGCCGACAUCGACUACAUUAACGAGAGGAACGCCAAGUUCAACAAGAAGGCUGAGCGCUUCUAUGGCAAGUACACGGCCGAGAUCAAGCAGAACCUGGAGAGAGGGACGGCCGUGUAAGCCCUCAGGAGCCAUGCGGAGCCUAGGAUGGCAUGAGCUUCCUUCCCACAGACUGCACUUCUCAGAGCCAGAGCCGGAGCGCUGUCUGCCCUUCCACCCAGAUUUUCUAAAUAAAUGUCUUUUCUUCAAUGCGCACUUCCCCAUCCGUGUGCUUGGAUGGAAGGUGUAUUUCUUGCAGUGAGGUUGUUUUUGUAAAACGCUACUUUGUAUAAACCCUAACUAUAUUAUUUUUCUAUCUAUCUGGAAUGUGUACGGCUGUUUGUGAGGCCUUUGGGCUCAGGAUUGCUAGCAUGGCCCCCAUCAGCCCUGCCACUCAGUGUUGAUCGCAUCUGCAGCUGGGCUGUGGAGUCACUGGGGAGGGAGUGGGGGGGGUGCGCAGUGAGGAUGGCGGGGAGUGGGGCGUCUGCAGGCUGCCGGGGACCAUGGCGAGGGAGGCACAGAAUUCCUCCAUGAAGGGCACUGUGCACGGUUUGAUUUGUAAAGAGCAAUAAAUGCUUUGGAAUAGAA